CACCAUUUGUUCCAAUCACAUUUACUUCUUCACACCAGCGCACAGUUAAAUAUUGGGUUUCGUUUGGGUCACAAUAUAAAAAAUGGGUGUUCCGAAUGCCCGAGGCGAUAGUUACCGAAUGGCUACUGAAAAAAAGUCGAAGAAAAACCCGAAGAAGGAUGACUUAAAUGAACUGAAACAGGAGCUGGACAUGGAUGAGCAUCGGAUAUCUCUCGAUGAGUUGUAUUCUCGACUAUCCACCGAUCCACAGAGUGGCUUGACUGCUGAACAGGCCAAGACUCGUUUGGAACGGGAUGGACCAAAUGCACUUACACCUCCAAAGACAACGCCAGAGUGGGUGAAAUUCUGUAAAACAUUAUUUGGCGGCUUUUCAUUAUUGUUAUGGAUUGGUGCCGUUCUUUGUUUUAUUGCUUUCUCAAUUGAAAGUGGCACUCAUGAAGAUCCACCAAAAGAUAAUCUUUACCUUGGGAUUGUAUUAUCAGUUGUCGUAGUGGUCACCGGUUGUUUUUCAUACUACCAAGAAUCAAAGUCAUCACGUAUUAUGGAAUCGUUCAAAAAAAUGAUUCCCCAGACUGCUUUAGUUAUUCGUGGUGGAGUGAAAAUUGAAGCACCAGCCGAAGCUUUGGUAGUUGGUGAUUUAAUCGACGUCAAGUGUGGUGAUCGUGUACCAGCAGAUAUAAGAAUCAUUUCAGCUAGUUCGUUCAAGGUGGAUAAUUCUGCGUUGACUGGUGAAUCUGAGCCACAAUCACGUACAGCAGAAUAUACCAAUGAAAAUCCAUUGGAGACGAAGAACUUGGCGUUCUUCUCAACUAACGCUGUCGAUGGUACAUGUCGUGGUAUAGUUGUUAGUACUGGUGAUCGUACUGUUAUGGGUCGUAUAGCAAAUUUAGCUUCAGGUUUACAAAUUGGUCAAACACCAAUUAAUAAAGAAAUUAAUCAUUUUAUUCAUCUUAUUACAAGUGUUGCUGUAUUUCUUGGUGUUUCAUUUUUUGUUAUUGCAUUCAUUUUGGGCUAUCAUUGGCUUGAAGCUGUAAUCUUCUUAAUUGGUAUCAUUGUAGCUAAUGUUCCAGAAGGUCUUCUAGCUACUGUAACGGUAUGUUUAACAUUAACCGCUAAACGUAUGGCUAGUAAAAAUUGUUUAGUGAAAAAUUUAGAAGCUGUUGAAACACUUGGAUCAACAAGUACCAUUUGUUCAGAUAAAACUGGUACAUUAACACAAAAUCGUAUGACUAUAGCCCAUAUGUGGUUUGACAAUAAAAUAUUUGAUGCGGAUACUACAGAUGACCAAUCAGUUGCCACUUACGAUAAAAAUUCACCAACUUGGAUAGCAUUAGCUCGUAUUGGCAUGUUAUGCAAUCGUGCUGAAUUUAAAGCAGGCGAAGAAAACAAGCCAGUAUUAAAACGUGAAUGUAAUGGAGAUGCAUCGGAAUCAGCUUUGUUAAAAUGUGUUGAAUUAUCAUUCGGUGGUGUUACAGAUUAUCGUCGUAAAAAUCCAAAAGUUGCUGAAAUUCCAUUCAAUUCUACAAAUAAAUAUCAGUUAUCGAUUCAUGAAACCAAUGAUAGUGAUGAUCGUUACUUAUUAGUUAUGAAAGGUGCACCUGAACGUAUACUUGAUCGUUGUGGAACUAUUUUAAUUAAUGGUAAAGAAGAAGUUAUGGAUGAAGCAAUGCGUGAAAAUUUCAAUAGUGCUUAUUUAGAACUUGGUGGAAUGGGUGAAAGAGUUCUAGGAUUUUGUGAUUAUCGUCUACCAUCGGAUACUUAUAAGAAAGGUUAUGCUUUCAAUGUAGAUGAACCGAAUUUUCCUUUAACUAAUUUACGUUUUGUUGGUUUAAUGUCUAUGAUUGAUCCACCUCGUGCUGCAGUACCAGAUGCAGUGGCUAAAUGUCGUUCAGCUGGUAUUAAAGUAAUCAUGGUCACUGGUGAUCAUCCAAUCACAGCGAAAGCUAUUGCUAAAGGUGUGGGGAUAAUUUCGGAAAGUUCUAAAACUGUCGAAGAUAUUGCCGCUGAACGAGGUAUUCCAGUUCGUCAGGUCAAUCCACGUGAUGCACAAGCAUGUGUAAUACAUGGAUCUGAUUUACGUGAAAUGACUCCAGCACAAAUUGAUGAAAUUUUAUUAAAUCAUUCAGAAAUUGUAUUUGCACGUACUAGUCCACAACAAAAAUUAAUUAUAGUUGAAGGUUGUCAACGACAAGGUGCAAUUGUUGCUGUAACCGGUGAUGGUGUAAAUGAUAGUCCAGCUUUAAAACAAGCUGAUAUUGGUGUUGCAAUGGGUAUAGCCGGUAGUGAUGUGAGUAAACAAGCAGCGGAUAUGAUUUUAUUAGAUGAUAAUUUUGCUUCAAUUGUUACAGGAGUUGAAGAAGGUCGUAUUAUAUUUGACAAUUUGAAAAAAUCCAUUGCUUAUACAUUAACAUCGAAUAUACCAGAGAUUACACCAUUUCUAGUGUAUAUUUUAGCUGAUAUUCCAUUACCGUUGGGUACAAUUACAAUUCUAUGUAUUGAUUUAGGUACUGAUAUGAUUCCAGCAAUUUCAUUGGCUUAUGAAGAGGCUGAGGCAGAUAUUAUGAAACGUAUGCCACGUGAUCCAUUACAUGAUAAAUUAGUGAAUGAACGUUUAAUUUCAAUGGCUUAUGGUCAAAUUGGAAUGAUACAAGCAUCAGGUGGUUUCUUUGUUUAUUUUGUUAUUAUGGCUGAAAAUGGUUUUUGGCCAUCACGUCUACUUGGUAUACGACGUGAAUGGGAUUCCAAAGCUAUUAACGAUUUAGCAGAUUCUUAUGGACAAGAAUGGACAUAUAAUCAACGUAAACGAUUAGAGUAUACAUGUCAUACAGCAUUUUUUGCAUCAAUUGUCAUAGUACAAUGGACUGAUUUAAUGAUUUGUAAAACACGUCGUAAUUCUAUAUUUCAACAAGGAAUGUGGAAUCAUCAUUUAACAUUUGGUUUAUUCUUUGAAACAACAUUAGCUAUUUUCUUAUCUUAUUGUCCUGGCUUAGACAAAGGUCUACGUAUGAUGCCAAUGAGAUUUACAUGGUGGCUUCCAGGUCUACCAUUCAGUUUUCUGAUAUUUGUCUAUGAUGAAGUGAGGAAAUUCCUACUUCGACGGUUACCGCCUGGGUCAUGGCUUGAAAAAGAAACAUAUUAUUAGUUGUAGUUAUAGUAAAUCCCCUCCCCCUCUAUUAUAUAUGAGUAAAUAUAAAUAUUAUAUAUAUAUAUAUAU